AUGACAAUCGAGGCUGCUUUAAUUUGUAUAGAUAAUUCAGAAUAUUCCAGAAAUGGAGAUUUUGUACCGACGAGGCUGGGAGCACAAAUAGAUGCAAUCGGAUUAAUAGCGAGCGCUAAGUUAUCGGAGCAAUAUGAGAAUUCCGUGGGCAUUGUAUGCCUGGCCCAAAAGGGGUCGCAAUUGCUGACCGCUCCGUGCAACGAUUUGGGCAAUUUUUUAACAGACCUGCAAACGGUAGUACCCUCGUCGCAAUGUGAUUUCAUAAGGGGGAUACAAACAGCCCAGUUGGCCCUGAAGCACAGGCUGAAUAAGUCGCAACAACAGCGCAUCAUAUGCUUUGUUGCCAGUCCAAUAACUGAACCCGUAACACACUUCGUGAAACUCGGCAAGUUAUUAAAGAAGAACAAUGUUAUUCUUGACAUAAUAAAUCUUUCAAACAACUCUGAAACUGAGGAAAAACUCAAGGCGCUCCAUACAGCAGUAAACAACAAUGACACGAGCCACUACCUGUGUUGCAAGCCGUCCUCAGGAACACUGCUGAGCGACAUGAUCUUCAACUCGUGCCUGCUCUACGGAGGCUCAAGAGGCAUGGGAGAAGGAGCACAGUUUGCACAGAAUCUAACCGAUUUCGGAGUCGAUCCGGAAAUGGACCCACAACUAUACUUGGCACUGAGGAUAUCACUGGAACAAGAGGAGGAAAGGCAGAGGAGAGAAGCGGAAAAGCUGCAAAAUAAAACGGAGUCUACAGUCACAGACAUCGAAAACGAACUAAAGGGGCUGGAAGGACUGGAAGUUGUGCCACUGGAUCGAUGUGUGGAGAUAUUAUCGACAAGCGAAGGGAGCCCGGAACUGCUGGAGUCGCUCGUGUACUCGUUCCCGGAAGUGGACAGCGAAGAACCCAGAAUUAAGGAGUUGGUGGAAAAGCUGAAGCAGUUACAGCAAAAAUUGCAAUAG